AUGCCAAAGAUUAAUGAACUCGAGUGGAACACCGCCCUAGCAUUCGCCAACGUUGACGUAGACCAAGUUGCAAAGGCCGAUGCCAACAACAUCUUUAAGCUCACUCAGGAGAUUGAGGCACUCGUCAAAGAGGACAACGCGAGCUUGGCCAAAUUCAAGAUCAAGGAGGUUGGGAACCUGAAGGACCGCACGGCCGUCCUAAAUAUGGUGAAGAUGUAUCUCUCUACAGUCAAGCAGGGGCUUUCGUCCAUCAAAAAGUUCACCGAGAAGGAGCUUAACGAGCAGCUCAUCGUCGCCAUGCAGUCAAUCAUCCUUGCGUCCAGAUCUCUUCCUUGCGAGAAGCUUCACCCAGUAGUCAAGCUGUUCGGGUCCAUCUAUGGCAAAAAGUUCAUUGACCAGGCCCUCAGACUACCCUCGUCCGAUCAGGCUGGCGGAAAGGAUGCAAACCCCAAAGAUCCUCUAACAAAGGCUGAUGACCAGCUCCGGUUCCUUCUCUUCCAGAACGAGCUGACGUCGGAGAGGGUCGAUUUGGAGUACAACAAGAUACGGAUGCGUGUUAUGAAAAUCCCGCGACAGCAGGUGCCUGCUCCCGUCCCAGUGGCCUCCGGACCAUCCGGGGCAGGGCCUAUCGAUUCUCUGAUGCCCAGCAGCGGCGGCGGCGAUGCCUUCAAUGGCAAUGGUGGCGAUGCCGGCAAUAUGGAUUCUGACGGAGGUAUGCCAUCCCUUCUCCCCAUCCCUGUAUCCAAUGACGACUACAAUGAAACGUGUUUCCCUCCUGUUAAUAAUAACGUGGACGAUCCGUUUCCCACAAGGGAUAUCUGUCAGAUAGACAACAAAUCAGAUGCAUUCAGUGCUGGGCCUGCUAACCCAGACCCCUCUCCAGAUGACAAGCCCCUAACAAUGGACUCCUCCAUCCAGGACAUGCUCAGAAAGCUGAACAACUACUGA